AUGGCUCUAGGAACUAUCUUUGUGCUGUUAAGUCUAGGAUGGAAUAUACAAUCUGUACUUUUUACUUUUGGUUCUGAACAAGCUUUGAUUACCUCACAUGAUAUUACCACCACGGUACUGAUUUGGCACUGGCCUUUCCAUUAUCCACUGAAUAUCUCAGGAGAUGUUUGCCUUGACCUCUAUAAUAUCAAGAACUGUAGACUGACAGAUAAUAGAGACAUGCUGAAUUUUAGUGAUGUGGUGGUCUUUCACCACAGAGAAUUAAAUAAGAAGGGCCAGUCUAUGCCCACUGACUCUAGGAACCCUGAACAAGUGUGGGUUUGGGCAACUCUAGAGUCUCCAUCCAACACCAAGAACCUUGGCAAAUGGAACAAUACAUUCAACUGGACAUUGACUUACCGAGAAGAUUCAGACAUCUUUGUGCCUUAUGGGCAGUUGGUUCCCAAAUUACACAUGCAAUUUAAUACCUCUGCUAAAACGGGCCUUCUGACCUGGGCUGUUAGUAAUUAUCACCGGACUCAAGAACGGGUUAAAUUCUUCAAGGACUUUUCAAACUACCUCAAUGUGGAUGUGUACGGAAAAGCCAGAAAUAAGCCUCUUUGUUCAUCAUGCCUUCUUCCCACCAUAUCCCAUUACUACUUUUACCUCGCCUUGGAGAAUUCAGUCCAUAAAGACUACAUUACAGAGAAACUUUGGAAAAAUUCCUUCCUAGCUGGGGCAGUCCCUGUAGUGCUUGGCCCACCACGAGAAAACUAUGAGAAAUUUAUACCAGCAGACUCUUUUAUUCAUGUCUCUGACUUUGCAUCAGCCAAGGAUCUAGCUGCAUUUUUAAAGUCAAUGACCAUAGAGCGUUAUGAACAAUACUUCCACUGGCGGCAGGAGUACGGUAUAAAGAUAUACAAUGAUUGGAGGGAGAGAUUUUGUAUGAUCUGUACCAGAUACCCCCAUUUGCCCAAGGACCAAGUCUAUUCUAAUUUGGAAGGCUGGUUUACGGGCAACAGUUAA